AUGCCGGGCUUCUUCCCCGCUUCGCCCGCUACGAUGCAGGCCACACGAGGGUUGGCUUGGCAGCCAAAGAUCACCUGCUCUCAGCGGCUAUGGAUUGUAAUCAUGGCAGUUGCAGCCGUCGGAGCCUUGGUCAUCAUCGGCGUCACUUUGCCGUUUGGCGUCGCAACUGGCGGCGAGAAGUCAGACCCGCCAUCAUGGUUCGUACCUAUGCUCGCUGUUGGCGGCGGCCUCGCCGCGUUUGUCAUGGCCGCGGCAACAGCCAUCUUUUGCCGCGAUGCAAUGUGCGGCGUCGGCCACGAAAGCACCAUCCGACGGACUGUGGCAGCUAUGGAAGCGGGUGAGGUGGCGACGGCCGAGACGGUGGAGUCUGAAGCCACUCCGGGUUGCAACAACCCGCCAUCCUCCGUCGCCGCCAAACCAUCUGAGUGUGAGAGCUGA